AUGGAGUUUCUAGAUCUUCCUUUAGUUAUGAUAGAAAAUAUAUUUUCAUAUUUUUCACACGAUGAAAUCGCGAAGAAUCGAUUGGUGUGUAGAACAUUUAACGAAAUAUGCUCCCGAAUGCUGAACCGCGGUUUCCUGAUGAUAGAGCGUCGACAUGCAAUGGCCUUGAAAACAGUCAAAGCUCAGUUGCCCAGGCGCGAGUCAGAACGCAGACAUCAUCCUUUGUCUCGUCACUGCGAUAUCUUGACUUCGAUAGAGACACGGAUAUCAAUGCUCAGCAUGACAUACUCGAAGUACAUUGACACAGGAAUGUGCUGUUUUAUACCUGGGAAGGUUAUAGACGAAAUAAAACGCGUUUUGACCAUACUGGACACGUCCGCGACGCCUCCUCGUGCUCACGAAGUGUUACAGGAGCUCAGGGAUAUAUCGAGCAUGGCUAUCGAGCACUUCGACGAUAAGAUAUCGCCCGCAUUCAGGAAGAACCUUCAGGAGGGUAUGGCGCAGGUGGCUCCCAAACCGGGAAACGCAGGAUUGAUAGCCAUGCGUCAGGAGAUCUUGACCCUACAACGUCGCUCAACGUUGAACUCCAAUCUAUCAUUGUGUCUCGGUUUGCAGUACAAGAAGUUUCAGAAUCGACUCGAUCGCUUGGCGCGGUACCGGAAGUUGGCCAUGAAGCAAGUCGUCAUCAUCAGGCAGCUGACCAAGAAACAAAGGGAACAGGAUUUGGCCAUCGCCGAGCUGAAGAAGCGUAUUGAAGAAUGCGACAUCAAAUACCGUGAAUUGACACACACCAAUCAAGCCGGUGGAAAGGCUAUUGCCGCCGCGGCGUCAGUGGGAGUCGUCGAGGCGAGUCCUUCGCAGGAGCUACGUCACUUCUCGAGCCAAAUCAAACUGGACCUAUCCGUGCUGCCCAUUGGCACGUCCAAACUCAACAACAAACUCACCCCAAACAUAAAGCCAAGGAAUCCAAUGAUCAAACUGCCAAGUCUACUGAACGAUGACGACGCAAGUAAGGUCCGCGACGCGCCGACCGCGCACGAGGCUCGCCCCGGGACCGCGGCCAAGCGCGCCGCCAGGAAGAGGAAGACCAGCACCGCCACCAACAGCGGCCUCGCGCACAAGAUGAGGCACUUGGCGAAUAUGUCGGAUGGAGAUUUAAACGACCAGGCAUCCUUACGAAACAUCUCUUCUUAUUUCACCGACGAAGACAUCAAACGUUUCCUGGAAAUUCACGAGACGGACCGGCGCCGGAAGCGGCCGCCGCCCUGCGAGACCGUCCUCAGCAACGAGAUCAAGCGCCUCACCGGCCCGGCCGAGGGCGCCGCCCCCCAGCGCGCCGGCAAGCGACAACGCCUGGACUGAACCGGAAUCUUCUUGGCCCUUCUGUAUAAUGGAAUACAGAUACCUCAGAGUCCCCGGCAACGAAGCAAUGGACAAUGUCUUGGGAGCCCUGAAGUUUGAAUCGGUUACUGAGAUUAAUCAUGAAAGGCAGAUGAUACAAAUGAUUUACUUUUGUUUCUUGAAUCAUUUUAACAAAAACUCACCAAUUAUUGCAUUGAAGUUAGGUAAUUAAUGUUUUAUUUCGUGCAAUUUAAUAUUAUAGAUUUUUAUUGUAUGUCCUGUAUAAAAUACAUAUUGGUUCCAGAUAUUUGAAAAAAAUAUUUGAGAAUUUGCAUAUAUGUGUGACACCAUCUGAUUAUCAUAUGUAUGUUUUUAUUUAUUUUUAAAACGAAUUUCUAUAACUUAUGGGGCAUUCUGUGAUAAGUAUAAUUAUGGGUGUUUUAAACAAAAUUGUUGCAAUAAAUAAUACAAAACCCAUACAUGAGCGUUAAAAGUACUUGCUAGUGAAUCUUUUGAGGUGUAUCAUAGAUGAUUUUAGCUAAUUAUUUCAUAAGAUUUGUGAAAAAUUUGUAACAUGUUGGUGCGAAAAUGAGUCUUGGAGAAAAUUGUCUGAUUUUUUUUUCCGUAAAUUUUAUACAAUGUAUAUAAUGAAAUAGGAAUGUUAUCAUGUAUUAAACACAUCUGGAAUCAAUAUUGUAGGUAGGUUAGUUUCACAAUACACCGACUGAACGUAAGCACUAUGCUAUAUAUAUAUAAAACUGACCAUAAAUCA